GAUGGUCCAGCCUAGCUUUUGUAUUCGUAAAGUGACCCUUGAAGAUAUUCGAUAUAAAGAAGAAGCUACUAAAGUAGUAAAUGCCGCUUACCGAUCCGAAGGUGGAUGGACAUCUGAAAAAGAACAUGUGGAAGGUGAACGAAUAACUGUAAAUGAAAUGGAAGAAUUCAUUCGAACAAAUGGUAACCCAUAUACAUUAUUAUUUGCAUUUGACGAAGGCAAAGUUGUUGGUACAGUACAGAUCAAACCUCUCAAUCAAGAUGAGGCUGCGAUUAGUCUUUUUUCUGUAUCACCUACUUGUCAAUCCCAUGGUUUCGGAGGUCGUUUGAUUCGUGCUGCACUUUCAGAGAUGAAGACGUUAGGAUUCAAGAACUGUGUCCUACAUGUUUUCAACAAUAGAACUGAGCUUUUGGCUUGGUAUAAGAAAAUAGGUUUUAAAGAAACAGGCGAACAAGUUUCUUUCAGUGUACCUGAUAAACUAAAGAGCAAAGAUCUUCAUUUUGUCGUUUUAAAGAUGGCCACUUGAAGGACUACUCCAAAAAAUAUAUAUAUGUAUAGAAUGAUAGCUUUUAUUUUUUUUUGUAAAAUGUAAAUAGAAUACAAUAAUACGUUAGAACUAGAAUUAUAAUAAAUUAAGG